GCCUCAGUCCCGCGGGCCUGUUGCUCGGGGCAGUCGAGGCGGGCGCCCGGAGCAUACGCAGAGUGCCGUCAGCCACGGCCGCGUCUGACCGGAGACGAGAACGGGCCGAGCGCCGAGCCGGGCCAGAUGCCCGACAUCCGCCUGGCGGGACGUUGAGGACACCCCCUCCCCACGAAGCCCCUUGCCCCUGCCUGACAAGAGCGGCCUCUGCCUCGCCGUUCGCCAUGCACUCCCUGGACGAGCCCCUCGACCUCAAGCUGAGCAUUUCGAAGCUCCGGGCGGCUCGGGAGAAGUGUGAGCAGGUGCUGGGGGCCGGCAAGCGCCGGGCUCUGCACCAGGAGCUCCGGAUCACGGGCGAGGACGCCGGUGCGGUCAGCCCUGGCUCCCCCCACUCCCCCACUGAUGGCUUCCAUUCGCACUCCAAAUGCCAUGACAAGAGGGACGCCCGCUGCUGCUCCUCACCCCCCACCAUCGACCUGAGCCUGUCCCCCUCUCCUCCAGGCUUGGACUCCCCCAGUGGCAGUGUCUCGCUCUCCCCUGACAGGCAGAGCAGCGGGGAGCUGGUCAGCUCCUCCACCCUGCGCGACCUCCAGUCGCUGCACUACCUCGACAGCCUGCGCAGCUCUUUCCAGUUUUUCCUGCCCCUGAACUCGGGGGGCACAUUGCACCUGCCCACCCCGGCCUUCCUGACGCCCCCCAAGGAGAAGCGGCUCUCCCCAGACCUGCCCCUGCAGAAGCAGCUGGUGUGUCGCUGGUCCAAGUGCAACCAGCUGUUCGACCUCUUGCAAGACCUCGUGGACCACGUCAAUGACUUCCACGUGAAGCCGGAGAAGGACGCUGGCUACUGCUGCCACUGGGAAGGCUGCGCUCGCCACGGCAGGGGCUUUAAUGCCAGGUAUAAGAUGCUCAUCCACAUCCGUACCCACACCAACGAGAAGCCCCACCGCUGCCCCACCUGCAACAAGAGCUUCUCCCGGCUGGAAAACCUGAAGAUCCACAACCGCUCCCACACAGGUGAGAAGCCGUACAUCUGCCCCUACGAAGGCUGCAACAAGCGCUACUCCAACUCCAGCGACCGCUUCAAGCACACCCGCACCCACUACGUGGACAAGCCCUACUACUGCAAGAUGCCCGGCUGCCACAAGCGCUACACGGACCCCAGCUCCCUCCGCAAGCACAUCAAAGCCCACGGCCACUUCAUCUCCCACGCGCAGCAGGAGCUGCUGAAGCUGCAGCCGCCCGCCAAGCCCCCGCUGGCCGCCGAUGGGCCUUACAUCAACGGGGCCCAGAUCCUGCUGCCCGGCCCGGCCGGGCUCUUCGGCGGCCACGCCCUCUCUGGCCUGCCCCUCCCGCUCACGCCGGCCCCCUUGGAUCUCAGCACCUUAACCUGCGGCGGGCUGAGCACCGCAGCCAUCGCCGGCCUGCCCGGCCCGGUGCUGGCCCCCCUGAACUUGGCCAAGAGCUCGCUCCUUGCCUCUCCCUUCGCGGCUGGCGGCCUGGGAUUGCCAGUCGUCUCCCUGCUGGCUGGAGCCUCGGCAAAAGCCGGGGCCGAGAGGGGACGUGGGAGCAGCCCCCGGCCCACCAAAGGCGGUGGCAGCGGCGCUCGGGGCCAGGGCCCCCAGGGCUGCAAGGAAGCCAGCGAGAGGACGGAGCUGGCCCGGCUGCGGCAGACGCCCGAGAGCCUCUCGCUGCUCCCGGUGGGCGCUCUGGACCUCUCCACCGGCAUGAACUCUGCAGGGAGCGCCGACGUUCUGCCCCCGGGCUGGGUGGUGAUCCCCACGGGCUCCGUCUUGCUGAAGCAAGCGGUGGUGAACUGAGGGAGGACGGCGGCCAGGACUGCUGGGAGCAUUGCCGGCUUGCCCCAGGCAAGUGGACCGGCUGCAGAGGACAGUGCCCCCCCCACGGCUCGUGACUUGGGAGAGCGGCAGGGUGGGGCAGGGGUGGCCCCAGUGCCCCAGUAGCACCGCUGUGCCCUGAAGCGUCUGACGGAAGGAGGGCCGCCUUGAACCAGCCAGGAGUCCUGCCCCCCUGCCCCAUGGGUCCAGCCUGCCCUGUCCCCUUGGGUUCCGGACCCUCACGACGGAGGAGCCUGCCUCUUCUGAGCUAAGCAAUAAACACAUUUUCCCGAGCAGCAGCCCCCCACCACCACCACCCGGAGAGCCGGGGCAUAGCCAGCAUGCCAACGGGCUUUGGCGCUUCCUCUCCAGGGGCGCCAGAGGGCACAAAGCAGGCAGGAGUUCCUUUUGGCUUCAAUGAGUCCCACUCCCCGCCUGCCUGCUUUGUGCCGGCUGCCUCCCCGCUGGUAGAACGCCAGCAGCUGAGGGCAGGUGCUGGGUCUCCGAGCUGCAGCUUGGGGAAUAGCAGGCUGGAAGCCAGGGUAGCCAUCCAGGGCGCCCUGCCCUCUCCCCAGGCUGACGCCGCUCUCCGCCAGCACCCCCCCAUCCGUCCCCCGCCCCCCCCUGAAGGGCACAGUAGGAGCCGGGCCCUUUCCUGGCUUGGCCCUCCCUGACAAGGCACACCACCUGGGCGUGCCGCUCAGCAAUCCUUUCCCUGACGUGGAGGAAUUGAAAUAUUCACUUCCCCCUAUUAGCAGUUUCUUCAGUUCAAGCUGCGCAGUCCCCUCCAGUGGCAGCCUAGGAUUGGGGCCCAGGUGCAUCUCCCGGCAGGCGGGGGACUUGCUCGCGUCCAGCCUGGCCCGGUUUCUGAUUCCGCAAUGGAACAGCUUUUCCCAGGUUGCACGAAGUCCACAGACCAGAGCAGGGGUUUUGGCGUUUUUUUUACUAUCUGAAAUUUUACAGAAAUUUAUUUGUAGAAAAUACUUAAAAUGGAAAAAAAAACCUGGCCAAAAACCUGCAUUUCCCCCAUAGGCCAAAGCAUGAAAAUGCAUUUGCCGGGGAGGGUGGGGAGGAGUUGUACAGUUUUGCAAAUGUGAAUUUGAGCAAAUUCAGGAAAUCGGGUGAAAAAAUCUGAUUCCGUCAAUGAAUGAAGGACAAAACCAAACCAACUGACAACCGGCGAAAUGCAGGCGGAGGAGCGGGUUUUACAAGGUCUGUCCGUCCCAAGCCUUCAGUGCAGCCUCCCCCAACCUGGAGCCCUCUGGGGGUUUGGGGCUGGACCACAACUCCCAGAAUGCCCUAGGCCAGCAGCUGGCUGAAGGAUUCUGGGAGCUGUGGGCCAACGUAGCUGCUGAGCGCCAGGUUGGGGGAGGCUGCACUAGUGACCGGGAUGUUCAACUUGUGGUCCUCCAAAUGUUUUGGACUACAAUUCCUAUCAGCCCCAACCAGCAUCAGCAAUGAUUUAAGCCAAUUGCCCCCUCUGCCUGUCUCUCCCUGCAGAACAAGCCCAUUCAAAGACUGUCCCACCUACCAGAGACAGACCGGGCUGCUGCGGAAGUAGCGCUGGCCUGCCCGUGGGCCGGGCCCUGCCGAGAGGAUCCUCUCCCACCACCACUGCCACAGCAGCAGAGCCGGCUGCUUCCUCCCUCCGUGUCCUCCUUAACCUCUCCCCCC